GCGACGAAUAUGGACAAUCACCAGGCCGUAUACACAACAGACGAGUACGGGCGGCCUUUCAUUAUUUUGAGAGAGCAGGCCAAGAAGACACGGACUCAUGGAACGGAGGCCAUCAAAACACACAUCCUGGCUGCGCGUACCGUGGCCAACAUCAUCCGGACAUCAUUAGGCCCUCGAGGCCUGGACAAAAUCUUGAUCUCCCCAGACGGAGAGAUCACCGUCACGAACGAUGGUGCCACUAUUCUAGGUCAGAUGGAGGUCGAGCAUCCGAUCGCAAAGCUUCUCGUGCAGCUCUCCAAGUCGCAAGACGAUGAGAUUGGUGAUGGUACUACUGGUGUUGUUGUUUUGGCCGGUGCACUGUUGGAACAGAGUGAGGCUCUUCUCGACCGGGGCAUCCACCCAAUCCGGAUCGCAGAUGGUUUCGAACGCGCAUGUACUGUCGCUGUUCAAAAUCUCGAACGCAUCGCCGACCGCGUUGAAUACACGAAGGAAGAUACCGAGAACCUCCUCAAAACAGCCAUGACCUCUCUGGGCAGUAAAAUCGUCUCAAAAGAGCACCGACAGUUUGCUCAAAUCGCAGUAGAUGCCGUUCUCCAAGUCGCCGAUCUCGAGCGGAAAGACGUUCUUUUUGAUCUGAUCAAAGUCGAUGGCAAAGUCGGUGGCUCUCUUGGCGAUACCACCCUCAUCAAGGGCGUUCUCAUCGACAAGGAUAUGUCCCACCCGCAAAUGCCCCACUCCGUCAGUGAUGCCAGACUUGCGAUCCUCACAUGUCCGUUCGAGCCACCCCGUCCGAAGACGAAGCAUAAACUCGAUAUCACGUCCGUGGAGGAGUACAAGAAGCUGAGGGAGUACGAGAAGGAGAAGUUCCUGGAUAUGAUCAAGAGGGUGAAGGAUAGUGGGGCCAACCUGGUCAUCUGCCAAUGGGGUUUCGACGACGAAGCAAAUCAUUUACUGAUGCAGAACGAGUUGCCGGCUGUACGGUGGGUUGGUGGACCGGAAAUCGAGUUGAUCGCUAUCGCCACCAAUGGUCGCAUCGUCCCCCGAUUCGAGGAUCUCACCCCAGAAAAGCUCGGCAAAGCAGGGAUUGUUCGCGAAGUGUCUUUUGGUACCACUCGCGACAAGAUGCUGGUCAUCGAGGAGUGCGCAAACACUCGUGCUGUCACCAUCUUUGUCCGUGGAAGCAACAAGAUGAUUGUCGACGAAGCGAAACGUGCUCUGCAUGAUGCUAUCUGUGUCGUCCGUAAUCUUGUGGUAGAUAACCGUGUUGUCUAUGGCGGUGGUGCGGCCGACAUCUCGUCCGCAAUAGCCGUCCAAAAGGCGGCUGAUGAGAUUCCAUCGAUUGAGCAGUACGCCAUGCGCGCCUUCGCCUCUGCCCUCGACUCCGUCCCGCUCGCUCUCGCAGAAAACAGCGGUCUGUCACCCAUCGAGACACUUGCCGAGGUCAAGAGUCGCCAGGUGAAGGAGAACGAUUCGAAGCUGGGGAUCGACUGUAACGGUAGGGGAGAGAAUGACAUGAAGAAGCAAUUCGUUUACGACCCGCUGAUCUCGAAGAGGCAACAAUACCUUCUCGCAACUCAGCUUGUCCGUGCUGUACUCAAAAUAGACGACGUUAUCACCGCCGGGGAGGCAGAUGAGUAGUUUUUUGCAAUGGAUGUACACUGUACGAGAAUACGAUCGCUAUAAUAGUCAUUGAUGGCUUCGAAGAAUCACUAGAAGUGUCCGAUGCUCGAAUUUCUUUC